UAGAUUCUGGCGGAGAUGGCGGACGGCCCAGAUCCCGCGUCCCACUCCGCUCCGCCUCCUUUUAUGCCCCUCCCUCUCCUCCCCAAAAACCCCUCUCCACCCCACCUCACCCCAAAUCUUGGACAAAAAAGCCAUCACAUCACAGGUUUGCCAGGGCGCGGGAGCGAGGAAGGAAUGGAGCCGGCGGAGCGAAUCGAGUCCGGGACGACGCUGGGGAAGCGGCAGAGGAGCAGGGUGCUGCCCCGGACGGCUAGCAUGGUGACGGUGCCGUCGGCGGCCAAGCAGGGGCGCCAGGAGCGGGGCGCCGACGUGCCGUCCUCCGCCUCCCUCCCCGCUGGUGGCCCGGGGAUGGGAUCCGAAGGAGGCGGCGCGGCGCCGAGGGGCUACAACUACGGCAGAUACUUCGCCGGUGUGGAGACGGCGGCGUUCUUGAAGGCGUGCGGCCUCUGCAACCGCCGCCUCGGUCCCGGCCGCGACACCUUCAUCUACAGGGGUGAGGUGGCAUUCUGCAGCCAGGAGUGCAGGGAGCAGCAGAUCGAGCACGACGAGCGCAUGGAGAAGACCUGCUCCCUCACCUCCAUCAAGGAGGCCUCGUCCGUCUCCGGCGCCAGCGGCUCCGACCAGUCCGGCAGCGGCGGGGAGACUGUCGCCGCCGCCUAGCUCCGGCUCCAGUGGCGCGACGGGAGGUGCAAGGGGUGUUGCGUUUUCGCGCCCUGCAGACGAGAACAGCAACACCGGAUCGGUCAGUCCGUCAGUUUUCUGGGCAUUCGCCAUGUGGUGCGUGCCAUGCUAUAGCGUCUGUGUAUACAGCUUAGCUCUAGAUUGGCUCAUGAACCAAAGUGGCAGUGGGAGGCGUUCAGGAUAAUGUCUGUGGUGGUUUUCUUCUCUGUCCAAGGAAAAACCUGGGUUGCAACAACAGAUUGCACAUCUUUCGCCUC